AUGUUCAUAAAAAGAGUGUCGAGUAGAAUACCUCAGACCACUACUACCACAAGUCAAACUUCAACACAGUCAACAACAACGACAAGAAAAUACAAUUUUCCAUCCAUGUCCACGUCUAAAAUAACACCUUCCAAUCCUUCACUCUUGGGUAAAAAACAACAAUCAAUCACUCAUACAACAUACCACAAACAGCAAAGUGUUGUUCGACCUUCAUUGAAGAAAGAAAUACCAUGUUCCACUUUGAAGAGAUCCAUACAAAAGGAGCAAGAAAAGGCGUAUCGAAAUGCCAUGAUUAUGGAGUGUCAAGUUCCAUUGCCUUACAUGAUGGAAAUGGAAAAGAAUAGUCGAAGGAUUUCACACCAUCGAAAUAUUCAAAUUCAUCAGAGAAACGAGAAUGUGAAUUUAGAGGAAGAACCUAUUUUACGUCCUGGACAAAAUGUGAAUCCCCUAUUGUCAGCUUGUUGUGAAUUCAGAUCCACACACCAAUGUACUUCGAGUUCAGUCAAGAGAUUCAUUUCACACUCGUCCACACAUUCGCUCAUCAGGAAGAGGGAUGAAGUGUUGGUAAAUGUUGAUGAAGAUUUGUCAAUUUUGAAUAUGGUUGAUGCAACUUGGCAUGGACAAACUGGCAUUGUAUGUGAAAUCAAUGAUGAUGAAUGUGUGGUGGAGAUUGCAGAGAAGAAUGUGGCGUAUGAGGAUCAUGACUCACAAAUUUUUGCAUACACAAGCGAAGAAGGUCAAAUGUUUUUUGGUGAAAACGAGGAAGAACAUUCCUAUGAUUACGGUGGCAUGUUUUCAACAAUGAUGGGCCAGACCAAGAAUAGACGAAUUGUUCUUCCAAUAUUUUGCUUGUGUCUUGAAGACAGAGUUUUAAAGGAAAGACUGGCAGCUUCACUCAAAUUCUCUCGUCAGCAACAAGUUUCAUCUCCAAAAGUCAUGCGAUCCAUUCCUCAAACUCAAUCAAAAUCAUUAGUUUCUUGCCUGAGUUAA